GAUUAUUCAUAGAGAUUGAUUGGGCCACAUAAUAUCCAACAUAAGCCCAGGUUAUAGAUAACUCUACCCUAGAAGCCACGGUAUAAGCUUCCAUUCGCAGUGUUCCGCAGUCGCACUGAGUUCGGCAUUUGCCUCCGACUUCGGGUCGUCGUUCUUCCAUUCCUAUAGGAGUGUCACGCCGCCACCGCCGCCGCAGCAGCCAUGGGUCGUAUGCACAGUCGCGGUAAGGGUAUCUCAGCUCCAUGCCCCCCUUACAAGAGAACUCCUCCAGCUUGGCUCAAGGUCUCCGCGCAAGAAGUGGAAGAGAGCAUAUGCAAGUUUGCAAAAAAAGGUAUAACACCUUCGCAGAUCGGUGUUCUUCUGAGAGAUUCACAUGGAAUUGCUCAAGUGAAGAGUGUCACAGGAAGCAAAAUUCUCCGCAUCCUCAAGGCACAUGGUCUGGCUCCCGAGAUACCAGAGGAUCUGUACCAUUUGAUUAAGAAGGCUGUUGCAAUCAGGAAGCAUUUGGAGAGGAAUAGGAAGGACAAAGACUCCAAGUUCCGUCUGAUUCUUGUUGAGAGCAGGAUUCAUCGCCUUGCGCGCUACUACAAGAAGACCAAGAAACUCCCCCCUGUUUGGAAAUAUGAGUCUACAACUGCCAGCACUUUGGUGGCCUAAACUGAAAGGGGCUUUAGGUUCUGAAAUGAUUAGAAGGAACCGGAGCUACUGUAGUUUACUUAAGGCUAUGUUCAUUUACAAUUUGUUAUUUUGACAAGCAUCUUUUUCAGUUUGUCCUCGUUUUUGGAUUAAUAAGAGAUUUUUGUGUUACAAAGGAGCCAAAUUUAAUUCUGAUAUAUGAAUGCAUAUUUACAUGUUUUUGUGUCAGAUAUCUGUAUUUUUAAGCACCUGUAAGUACAUAGUUCUAUCCCUUUCAUGGUUCCAUAGUUGGCA